AUGGGCUCUUUCAGGAGAGACGUGUUGCAGCACAAGACGUUCCAUCGGUACACUGUUAGAGCCAAGCGGGGGACGUCCCAGGGCCUGAGAGAUGCCAAGAACAGCAGCCAUGCCCCUAAAUCAGCCGGAGCUGCCCUGAGGCGGUACAACGAGGCUGCACUAGUCAAGGAGAUCCAGGACCUGCUGGAGAGCUGGACUGACCACCUGACUGAAGCCAGUGCCAUCUUCCUGCGUGCGCCCAGUCACAAUAAAAGCAUGUUCUUGGGGGGUAAAGCAGCUCCGCUGGUGAAGAAGGACCCUCGGAUCAGAACGCUGCCCUUCCCCACACGCAGAGCCACCUUCAGAGAGAUAAAGAGAGUCCAUGAUGUCCUCUCCACUCUAAAUGUAUAUGGUACGAGUCUAAGUAACAGGGAAGCUGUGGCGUCUCCUACUGCUGCUGAAGACACUAACCAGGAGAGAGGAGGAGAGAAGAACCAGGAGAGAAGGAAACCCAAGGGGAAGAAGACGAUACAACAUGAAGAGGAGGAGCCUGAUGAGUCCUGGGACUAUGGCCUGAGGGAUGCUCUCUACACCGCCUGUAAGACUGGAGACUUGGACACCCUCAUCAGACUGUUACCAGUGAGGAGGGGAGAGCAGGGUGGAGAGGAGGGGGACCAGGAUGGACAGAGGGAGGAGCAGGGUGCAAAGCCAGAGGGAGAGAAGAAUCAGGGAGAGGUGGAGGAGAGCUGCUCUUCCCAGGACCCUGCAGCCCUGAACCCUGCAGCCCUGAACCCUGCAGCCCAGGCCCCUGCAGCCCUGAACCCUGCAGCCCUGGCCCCUGCAGCCCAGGCCCCUGCAGCCCAGGCCCCUGCAGCCCAGGCCCCUGCAGCCCAGAACCCUGCAGCCCAGAACCCUGCAGCCCAGGCCCCUGCAGCCCUGAGUCCACUAGCCCUACUCAACCAGCCCAUAGACUCCUCAGGCUUCACUCUGCUCCAUGUGGCCUCAGCAGCAGGACAGAAAGGAGUGGCCAAGCUGUUGAUGGAUGCAGGCAGCGACCCGGCAUGCAAAGAUCAGACAGGCCAGACUCCCUACAUCGUUGCUCCUGACAAGGACACGAGGAACAUGUUCAGGAAGUACAUGGCUGAUCACCCUGACAAAUACAACUACAGCAAGGCUCUGGUUCCUGGUCCGCUGACGGCAGAGUUGGAGUCCAAGAAGACGGAGAAGAAAAAGGCCCAGAAAGCAGCAAAGAAAACGAGGGAGAAAGAACAGAGAGAACAGAGGAAGAAACUAGAGAUGGAGGCCGAGGAGAAGAAAAAAUUUGCCUCCUUAAGCGAUCGAGAGAAGAGAGCACAGGCUGCAGAGAAGAGGUUGGCAGAACACAAGGCAUCAACAGGGGGAGACCUUUCAAACACCAG